UGCGCGAACUCUUCUUUCCCGGAGCAUCGGGUGGCAUCCUGGCAAAGCUAAGGGCGAUUUGCAGGGCGCUGUGGCUGGGAGAAGUAAAGGGCGGACAGGCGAGGCCCUCCCGCGCUCGCGCGUCCCCGAAAUGGCCCGGAGGCAGGACGAGCAGAGAGGGGGAGCGCCCUUGAUGGCUGAAGGCAAGUCGGACGCGGAGGUUAAGCUCAUUCUGUACCACUGGACGCAUUCUUUCAGCUCUCAAAAGGUGCGCUUGGUAAUUGCUGAAAAGGCAUUGAAGUGCGAGGAACAUGAUGUAAGUCUGCCCCUGAGUGAGCACAAUGAGCCCUGGUUUAUGCGUUUGAACUCAACUGGAGAAGUGCCCGUCCUUAUCCACGGGGAAAACAUUAUUUGUGAGGCCACUCAGAUCAUUGAUUAUCUUGAACAGACUUUCCUGGAUGAAAAAACACCCAGGUUAAUGCCUGAUAAAGGAAGCAUGUAUUACCCACGGGUGCAACAUUAUCGAGAACUGCUUGACUCCCUGCCCAUGGAUGCCUAUACACACGGCUGCAUUUUACAUCCUGAGCUAACUGUGGACUCCAUGAUCCCAGCUUAUGCAACAACAAGGAUUCGCAGCCAAAUUGGUAAUACAGAGUCUGAACUGAAAAAACUUGCCGAAGAAAACCCAGAUUUACAAGAGGCGUACAUUGCAAAACAGAAGCGACUUCAGUCGAAGCUCCUUGACCACGACAAUGUCAAAUAUUUGAAGAAAAUUCUUGAUGAAUUGGAGAAAGUCUUGGAUCAGGUUGAAACUGAGUUGCAAAGAAGAAAUGAAGAAACCCCAGAAGAGGGCCGCCAGCCAUGGCUCUGCGGGGAAUCCUUCACCUUGGCUGACAUCUCGCUUGCUGUUACACUGCAUCGACUGAAGUUCCUGGGGUUUGCAAGGAGAAACUGGGGAAAUGGAAAGCGACCGAACUUGGAAACCUAUUACGAGCGUGUCUUGAAGAGAAAAACAUUUAACAAGGUUUUAGGACAUGUCAACAAUAUAUUAAUCUCUGCGGUGUUGCCAACCGCAUUCCGGGUGGCCAAGAAAAGGGCCCCAAAAGUUCUUGGCACCAUCCUUGUGGUUGGUUUUCUUGCAGGAAUGGGAUAUUUUGCUUUUAUGCUUUUCAGAAAGAGACUUGGCAGCAUGAUAUUAGUGCUCAGACCCAGACGAAAUUAUUUCUAGGCUUUUGGGGAUCUGGUGGCGGCAACUCAUCUAGCCAUUCAACUAGACCCUUCUCCACUCUUCCAGGCCCAGUGAAGAAUGACCCUGGGCAGCUAGUAAAACGCAUAAUUUCCUUUACUCUUUGGCUUGUUUAUGCAGGGAGAGGAGGCAAUGAAGAUGGUUUUGUGGGCUGGUAACUUUGAGAGGACUUAUUUGCAACCCUGAACUAAUUCCUCCUUAAAACAUGUGCAAAGUCAAGAUAUGUGAAUGCUGACAGGUAGAGAAUAGACCUUUCGCUCAAAAUGUCAGUUCAAGUUCUGGGUGAUUUUGGGGGAGAAGUUUAUUAUUAUGAGAAGACAGUAAUAAUAACCUAUGAUUGCCCAUAACUCUUCAUCUGAGACUAUCUGGGUGUGUUGAGUGUUGAAUAGUUAGCAGUAUUUUCUCCUGGAAUUCAGAAAUCAUCUUUGUUACUCAACACAGGAGUUCAGAUAGCAGCAGGGCACAGCAGUGCUUCCUACUCUCACUGUUAGCUUUAGGCAGAAAUAAGGGAGGCAAAGGGACAAAGAAGGGGGAAAAGGGAGAAUGAAGUCUAUAUAAUGAUGACAAUAGAAUGCAACUUCCAGGUGCCUCCGAUGCCACUCAUGGCUGCCUGUCCCCUUAGUAAACAUUAUAUUUGACUACUUGUGGCUACAGCCCAUGCAUCCUCCUGUAACUGAGGACCUUGGAAAAAGAGGACUGGGGAGUUACUGCAGAGAGUUGGCUGGAGAAAACCCUGGGCUUUACACUUAUAGCACCUAAUCUGACCUUAGUGUUAAUUUUAAAUGCACAUAAAUCACAGUCACUAAUUUAUUAAAAUUAACUGAUUACCUACUUGGGCAUGAGAUGCCUACUGGAACAUGUCUGACUAGCAUUUACAUGAAACUCUGAAAUUUCCUCAUGGUUCCCCAAUUCAAAGGUGCCUGUGAGAUAUCACUCCUGUAGACUGUUGUGAACAGUCACUGGGAGUCUUUGUCUCUCCAGCCCUUUUGUGCCCACAGGUGGCAUUUAGGUGAAUGUCCCAGGUAACUGCUAGCAUGGCAUGUGGCUGGGAAGUGGGUAUUUCGUUGAUCUGGGAGUGUUAAAUAGUCUCAUUCUGCAUUUAGGGAGGCUGGUGUGUUAAUGCAAAAACUGUUGUCUAAACCUUGCAUCUAUUUAUUGUCAUCAACAAAGCCUUAAAAGGUUACAGGGAAGGAGAAAAUCUCGUCUUGAUCCUUGGCAAUUAAUUUAGGGGAGAUGAAAUAAGUCGAUAGAUAGUGAUUCCACCUAUAUUCCUUCAUUUCCACCUAUAUUCACUUCCACCUAUAUUCACUUCAUAGUGAUUCCACCUAUAUUCCUUCAUUUCCACCUAUAUUCAUUUCCACCUAUAUUCACUUCAUAGUGAUUCCACCUAUAUUCCUUCAUUUCCACCUAUAUUCACUUCAUUCAUUCCUUCAUGGGCACUUUAGGGGGUGCCUCAGUCCAUCUGGAAGGGAAAAACCCUGUGUGUCCCAUGAACAAUAAUGGAACUGCAAGAUACAGUUUGUGCUCAGGAAGAAUCUUUCCUGGUGACAGGAAGGUGGAGUUUCUCUGGAGUUGGCCAGAAAGGUGUGGGGAGCAGUGUUAGGUGUGACAGGAAGCACGUAUGGGGAAUGGUGAGCUAAGGUUCCAGCGAACAGCAGAAGCUUGCUUGGACUGCCUCAGAUGGGCUGUGCAGAUGGCCAAAGAAUGUACCUACCAACUUUUUCAUUAACAGGAAACAGUCAUGACUACUAAACAAUGACUUUUUGAUGGUAAAAUGAUUCUAUAAUUCAUGAAUCAGUUGUGUUAGAAAAUAUUGUUGAACUGGAUACUCUCUGUUUCCAAAAAAUUAAUAACAUCUCCAGUGUAAACUCAAUCCAAUAAUAAUGAACAGAGUGGCAGCUUUUAUAAUGUCUUGAUUUUGAACCUCAGUGCAUUGUUGUAUAGAGUGUCUGAAUUUGUUUCUGGGACAUUCCAAACCAUGUACUCAUAAAAGAGCCACAACACUGAUUAUUCAGUAGGUCAGAGUGUUUCAGAGUUCUUUAUGUCAUCCUUUUAUGAACAAGAACUCAGACAUGAAGAAAUUGAAAUUGGAUUUUUACAAAAAUCUACAAAGGAGGAUAUUUACCUAUAUAAGGGUUGUUGAUUAAAAAUAAAGAUUCAAAGUCCAAUGCUGGCUUUUCAUUAAAUUUGUAUUAUUACUGAUCAAGAGAAAAUCUGCUAAAAGUAUUUAUGAUUUUCAGAUACAGUUUCAUUGGAAAUAGGCUUGUGUCGCUAUUAAAGGUGAUGCAUUUGUGGCAAUUUCACUUGUUUCAUGGAUACCCUUGAGUUUAUACUUUUAAGAUAUUUGUUUAGGGGCAAAAUGACCACUAGGUGUCGCUGUUCAUCCAGCACUCUGAGACUGGGCUUUCUUUAGGUUCAGCAAGUCUUCUGAAAUGUUACAAGUGAAGAUAAACAUUAAUGACCUUAGUUUCUGAAAUGAGGGCAUCUUCAUCAGAUCAUUCAUCUGUAAAAGAGCUUGAGGCAUAUGUAGUAUUGACGUCUAAUGCUUGGAAGGGAUAACUGUACCACACAAUGUCAAGCUAAAGUGCUGAACAUACACUAUUAGCAAAAUAGGCACAUUUAUGUAUUUUCUCUUUCAUGAUCAUUCGUGGACUGGCCAAUGUGCUCCUCAAUUUCCAAAAUUUGUAUAAAUUAGAAAAAUGCCUGAGGUACUAAAUUUAUGUUGGCUAUUUAUGUCUAAACACAAAUACUAUUUUAUUGUUAUUGCUGUUACAUGCCUUUUGGAUCUAAUUUCCUUAACUGCAGAUAGUUGUAAAUUGCUUGCUCGAUUUUUAGUAAUUAUUGAUAUUGACACCAGAGUUGUAAACUUUUUGGUAUUGUUGAAUGUAAUAGAUCAAGAUACUAUUCUGCUUGUAAGAUCAAUGAAAUUAAUUGGAAAAUAAAUAUGUGUCCUGAAAGUA